AUGAGCUACGAUGACUCUCUUGAAGAGUGCCAGCACGAGCACGUUUUCGAGCGUCUUGCAAAGAGAUACGUUCAGCCCGGCGCUGAUGUCCACGUGGGAGCAGCCGACGGAGAGUAUUGCAUCAGUGACUUGCGUUAUUUUGGAUCGCUCAAGAACUCGCGCCACGUGAUCACGCACUUUUUUGCGGACUUCUUACUCUUGGAUUCGGCCUCGUUGUUGUCAUCAGGAAGACUUUUCGGUGGAGUUUCGUGGAAUGUCUGUACAUUGGCGCUGUCCAAAUAA